GUAAUAAGAUUCUCAAGCCGUCAAGGAAAAGUGGAUCUGAAGAAUUCAGAGACUCCCACAAGUGUGUCUUAGUAUGUGGUGCAUCAUUGCAAGACAGACUUGAGAGGUAUUUCAUGAAUCUCUUUGACGAACGCUGCUGCUUUGAGAUGGACGACCUGGAAUACCUGUCAGGACUGCAAGGGCUGCACAAGAGAUUCGCAUAAGAGACCAGGUAUCGUUUAACCUUUAAACGGCACCAUGAGUGAGACACUCUGGGAAAGCUCUGGGGAGGCUGGUUCCUUCCCACACAGCAGCACUCAGCCCACCAAGUUGAAACCGCAGUCAACGUCUGGAUCACCCUGUGGAUCCCCAAGGAUGUCCCCCUGCAACUCUCCUCGAAACUCCCCCCGACACUCUCCUCUGCUGUUCCGCAAGCUCCUCAUGAAUCGCAGCAUCGCCCUGCAGAGGCGCUUCACCUUGGCACACACACCCAGUUUUGAUGUGGAGAAUGGCCUGUCGGUGGGACGCAGUCCACUGGACUCUCAGACUAGCCCGGGUUCUGGUCUGGUACUUCAGGCCAACUUCCCCCACAGUCAGCGCCGUGAGUCCUUCCUCUACCGCUCCGACUCAGACUUCGACCUUUCUCCCAAAACCAUGUCCCGCAACUCGUCCACUGCCAGCGACCUGGAGGAGGGAUUGAAGCAUUGGGAAGUCAAUUGGCUACCUCGGCAUGGAGAAGACAUGAUAGUGACUCCGUUUGCACAGGUUCUUGCUAGUCUACGAACAGUGAGAAGUAACUUUGCUGUUCUGACCCAUCUGCAAGAUCGUGUGACAAACAAGCGGCCGUCGAGCAGCAACCAGCCAUCUAUGUGUAAACCAUGUCUCACAGAGGAGCCCUACCAGAAGCUGGCGGUGGAGACACUGGAAGAGCUGGACUGGUGUCUGGACCAGCUGGAGACGCUGCAGACGAGACACUCAGUCAGCGAGAUGGCAUCCAAUAAGUUCAAAAGGAUGCUGAACCGCGAGCUGACGCAGCUAUCAGAGACCAGCCGCUCAGGGAAUCAGGUGUCAGAGUUCAUUGCCAACACCUUCCUAGAGAAACAACAUGACGUGGAGAUCUUGUCUCCGCCUUCUAAGGAGAAGGAGAAGAAGAAAAGGCCAAUGUCACAGAUCAGUGGUGUGAAAAAGCCCACACAGAGCCCCAGCUUAGCACCCGCCUGCAUCCCCCGCUUUGGAGUCAGCACACCCCACGAGAGCCUGCUUGGCAAGGAGGUCGAGGACAUUAAUCGUUGGGGUCUGGAUAUAUUCAAGAUAGCAGAAUACUCUGGAAACCGCCCUCUGACGGUGAUCAUGUACUCCGUCUUCCAGGAACGGGACCUUCUGAAAACCUUUAAGAUCCCAAGUGACACCUUCAUCACCUUAAUGAUGACCUUGGAGGACCACUACCAUGCGGACGUAGCUUAUCACAACAACAUUCAUGCAGCUGAUGUGGUGCAGUCCACCCACGUCCUCCUGUCCACCCCCGCUUUAGAGGCGGUGUUCACAGACCUGGAGAUCAUGGCUGUUCUGUUUGCUAGUGCCAUCCAUGAUGUCGACCACCCAGGAGUCACAAACCAGUUUCUAAUAAACACAAGUUCAGAGCUAGCACUUAUGUACAAUGAUGCCUCGGUGCUGGAGAAUCACCACCUCGCUGUGGGCUUCAAACUGCUGCAAGAAGACAACUGUGACAUCUUCCAAAACCUCAGCAAGAAACAAAGAGACUCCCUCCGCAAGAUGGUGAUCGACAUGGUGCUUGCCACAGAUAUGUCCAAACACAUGAACUUCUUGGCGGACAUGAAAACAAUGGUGGAGACCAAGAAGGUGACUAGUUUGGGAGUCCUGCUGCUAGACAACUACUCUGACCGCAUCCAGGUUCUGCAGAACAUGGUCCACUGUGCCGACCUGAGCAACCCAACCAAACCACUGGAGCUUUACCGCCAGUGGACGGACCGCAUCAUGGUGGAGUUCUUCACCCAGGGAGACCGAGAACGGGACAAGGGCAUGGAGAUCAGUCCCAUGUGUGACAAACACAACGCCUCCAUAGAGAAGACCCAGGUGGGCUUUAUCGACUACGUAGUCCACCCUCUAUGGGAGACAUGGGCCGACUUGGUGCACCCAGACGCCCAGGACAUCCUGGACACGCUGGAGGACAACAGGGAGUGGUACCAGAGCAUGAUCCCCCGCAGCCCGUCGCCCUCCAGCCCCGAGGAGCACCAUGCGGAGGUGAUGCCAGGAGGAGCAGCUGUGGAAGCAGGAGGGGCCGUCCCUUCAGGAGGAGGUGGAGGAGGAGGAGGAGGAGGAGGAGGAGGAGGAGACAAGUUCCAGUUUGAACUCACUCUGGAGGAAGAGGAGGAGGAUGAGGAGGAGUUGGAGUUGGAUUCUGACCUGGAGAGUCCCCUUGAGGAGGAUUCCCACUCAGGUGGGGAGCGGCAGCGGGACUCCUCCUCCCCCUCUUUGUCCCCAGACCCCCGCAGCAGCACCAGCAGGUACCGCCCCCCCUCGCCUCACCCGUCUCGGACCCUGAAUCUGGCUGCCAUGUCGGUGCGGAGCCCCCACAGGACGCUGGCCUCCCCGGGACGGGAGGGCACCAACAGGGACAGAGAACUGAGCCAGGAGGGUGACGGGGUGGUGGCGUGCCUGCGUAUGGGCACGUAACAACCAGCACAACCUGCUCCGCCUGAGAGACAUGAGCGCUGGAUGUGGAGAGACGGAGGCAGGGCAGGCCUUUACCAAUAAAGUCUGUAAAAUCACUACAGUCCCUUUACACUGGAGACACCCGCUCUGGAGAACAGAGGGAUGUUUGCCUCUGUUUUAUUUUCUAUUUUAACGAGAAGAAUCAUUUCAGCCACCUUUGGGUGCCCGAUCGGCCUUUAUGUCCCGUCCUGCUUUGUUGUAGCUUCAGUUCAGAGUGUCCCAGACAAAGACCGCUGCAUUUUAACUGGGAAGAAAAGUGAUACUCUAACAAGAACAAAAGGUAAAGGAAAUGUCUUCCUCCAAAAAAAUUUUUUUGUGACAUUCAGACAUGAGAAUGAAGAUCACGGUGGUCCGACAGGGUUUUGGAAAUUAUUUUGCACCAUAGUUUUAAUUUUAGGAUAUGAAAUUACUGAGUCCAGUGGGAAUAAGUGAGUAUGAUUUCUUUUUUUGAGAAUGAUGUGAGAGAUGAAUCAUUUUACCAAAUACAAGAUGUAGAUGAGAGAGAAGCGAUGGACCUAAACCUCAGGGUAUGAAGAGAAACAUAAAUCUAAUGUAGCACGGAUGUAGUGGGUACCCCUGACCUGACCCUCCACCCCAAACUGUCUUUCCUGUUUGAUUUACCUCCAAACCAGAGACAACUGAGACUUUGUUCGACCUGCGUGUCUCUACAUUUGAUUAAAACCCUUUAACAGAAAAUUUGGCAACUGAAGCAAUCAAAUAAUAUAUAUUUAAACCAGCUUGUAGCACCACAGAGAUUGAACACUGAAGAAGACUGUGCCACAGUCUCACCUGUUGAAAGUGAAAAAAGACACCACCUGUAUAAUUAGUCUGGGCUUUAUUUUUUUACCUGAGAUGAUUUUAAAUGGUGUCAUUGUUUUAGGGUUUUGAACAGUUCUUUGUUGUACAUUUGCUGGUCUUGUCUGUGUUUAUGUGCUUGAAAAGCAUUUUUUAUCAGGGUGCCUCCGGUCCGCAGUAGCACUUUACUGUCUCUGCCCUUCAGCUCUUCUAUUCAGUCACACAAAGGGCUUCGUCCACUGUAGGCCUACUGAUCACACAGACACAGCACAGGACGUCUGACUCCAGGUACCAGUAGGUGGGGCAGGAACACACACUGGUUGGUUGAUUCAGAAUUUCACAAACUAAUUUAGCCAACAACAACUUUCACAACCUUCUGGCGGUCUGAUAAUUUUGGAAUUAUAAAACUCCUUCUGUUUUAUGAGAAGCUUUAUUUGAGUUGAGCUGCAACGAUUAGUUGUUUAUCAGUUAGAUGAUUAACAGAAAAUUAAUUGGCAACUUUUUUGACAUUCAAAUAAUCAUUUUGGCCAAGCAUUUGCUGGUUUUAUGCUUCAUAAAUGUGACAAUUAGAUGCUUUUCUUUGUCAUAGAUGACAAUACAUCAAAUAGCUUUGGAUUUAUGGGCUAAUGGUCGGAUAAAACAAACCAAUUGAAUGCUCCUGGAUCAGCAUCCCUCAUGGCAUUUCUAAACCAACAUUGCGACCAACCAAUCACAGCCCUCUGACAUCAUCAGUGUGCUGCUCCUGUGCUUCUUUCAAAAUUCCUUUGUGCUUCUUCAGAGCAAACCUCGUUUUCCAAAUCAAAGUUAGUACAAUUGAACAAAAUCCUCAGUAACAUUGAAGAAAAACCUUGUAAGCUACUGCAGGGUUAGCGAGUUAGCUUGUUAAGUAGGUAGGCUAUGCUAACGAGUAAACUUGACAAUAGGCUAAAAUAUUGUUCAUUGACAUUAAAAGGAAGGAUAAAAGCAUUUUGCAGUUGCAAAGACCUGUAAAGGACACAUUUUCCCUCCUUUUUAAAAGCCUAUUCAAAACUUGAUGAAUAGCCAUGAUGAUGAUGAUGAUGGUCCUGGAUAAACUUAACCAAAUCUAUCCAGGAUCAACAUGGAAAAAAGGAGGGAAAAUGUGUGAACCACAGGAAUUUGUAACUGAAAAAUACCAUUAUCGUUAUUCUUUGUUAGUCAACAGCUUACAUGUUAGCAUAGCCUACCUACUGAGCAAGCUAACGCGCUAACAUUCAAGCCUAUUGGCAAGCUUACUUGUUAGCUUAGCCUACCUAGUUAGCAAGCUAACUCACUAACCCUAGAGUAGCUUAAGGUUUUUGUUCAGUGUUGCUGAGGAUUUUAUUUAAUUGUAUUAACUUCACUUUGGGAAACUAGCUUAGCUCUGAAGAAGCAUAAAGUGAGUUUGAAAGCACACUGAUGAUGUCAGAGGGCUGUGAUUGGUUGAGUGCAAUCUUGGCCCUGGAGUUCUAUGAGGGAAGUUGAUCCAGGAGCGUGUCCUCCUUGGCAAAAUCAUGGCGUGCUUUAAAGGUAGGUGUUUAGUUACUUUCUGACAUUUUAUUUACAAGAUGAUAAAUCAACAAAAUAAUGGGCAGAUUAAUUGAUAAUGAAACAAAGCAUUAGUUACAGCCUUAGAAAAGAGCUCUGUGCAAACUGACUGCCCCUUUAUUACCAAAUACAGGUGCAACCAACAAAUCUACCUGGGCUGCAUCUCUCUCUUUAAGGCAAACUUAAAACUGCACUGUUCUCUGAAAACAUCUGAAGCUUGAUACUGGGAAUCUUCCUGACAAAAAACAGCAGCCUUUCUGAAUCUGAAAAGUCUUUUUCAGAGUCUUGAUGCCUCUGCUUUUGUAUCCACUACUCAGUGUUUUGGAACUUGAAUUGAUAAGUGGUCCCAGUUAUGCUCAUACAUAGCCUCACCUACAAAUUGAUAAAAGCCUGCUCUUCUUCCUCAAAGCUUUAAGGAUAUUGCAGGUGUACUUAUAUAUUUUUCCUGUUGUCAACAGAUCCCAUGAAAAGACCAAAACCGUCUCUCAAUAUAUUUACGACUUUCCAUUUCCAUCUGUGGUCUCAACCCAAAUAUUAUUGUUCCUCCAGGGAUGUAAAUAAUUUAAAAUGUGUCACAAAAUAUUUAUUUUCAUUUUUUUAAAAGGGAAUUUUACUUUUUAGCAAACAUGACUCAAUCAGCAGUAAUUCACACAUUAACACACCUUAGUUGUAUGUUGUCCGACAACAGUGCACACGUUCAUAAUGAAGGAGUCUCUUAGUGCAAUAUUGUGGCUCACUGGUGUUUUUUUUGCACAACAGUGGAGUUCUAUGGCACAGAUAAGCUGCUACACAGUCAGUAUUUGGUAGUUUGAUCAGUUCAUCAUGGGUUUUUGUCUUUUCAUGGGCUCAAUAAGGAAAAAUGUGUCAUGUCACCACAUUUAUCCUUUAGUCGGGACCUGUCAUUAUUUCCUCACCUACAAGUUAAAAUUAUGUGAGCUAGAAAAGCUCUUCAAUACUCAAACCUCAAGUGAAUAUGAUUGUUCCUUUUCUUGAACAUUUCACACAGAAGUUAAACAUUAGCCCAAGUUAAAGGCCUGUCUGCUAUUUUAAAUGUUUUCUGUAGGGAUCUUAUAAUUCCAAUCAGUCACCGUGGUGUUACUGUCCCACCCUGCCGACAGGAUCUGAUGUAGAGAUCAGAAGGUGCUGACAGGAAUGAAUCGGAUCAAACAAACUAGAUUGUGUUCCAUCAGGUUAUCAGUCUUAUUUGAUAGAUCGACUGGGAUAACUGUGUGCCAUUAGUGUUUAAAACACACCAACACCUGCCAGCCUACGAUGCUGUACAUUUUUACACUAGAGAUUUUAACCUGAUGAUUGUAUCAAAGUCAUUGACUUUAUAGUGUUAGUUUUUACGAAUGAUACGUGUUAACAGUAUUUAAAGCAGACCGUUUAUUAGAUUUUUGUGCAGCUCAUGAUCAGUCCGUUCAGCCCUUUCCUUAAUCAGAUAGCUGAGACUCGAGAAUGUGUGUGUAGUUUUCAGGAGUCCAUGUUCAGUCUAGAGCAGUGUUUGUCGCCGUCACUGAGGUAGAGAGACCAGGAAGCAAACGAGCACUACACGAAGAGAUGAUGCACUUCCUGGUCCGGCAGUCAUAGAAAACACUAGUCUAACAGUAUUUCAUUAACUCAGCUAGUAAGCUAUAUCGAUCAGCCUUACAUGUGAUGGGAGCGGCUGGAGCCUAGUGUUAAAGGACCAUUGUGCUGUUUUUAACAUGCCGAGCCUCAGAGUGGUGUUUCAGCUACAUUUCUGGAAAACUAGAAGAAGCAAGGAGACUGCUCUCAAAGAAUCAGAGUACAUAUGAAUCUUAAAUUUCUUAUUACAGCAGCAAUAUUCUGCUUCUGUCCUUACACAUAUUCUAAAAAAAAAAAUCAAAAGAGAAAUCAAGCUACACAUAAAGAAUAAUGUCGUUUUCAUGUUUUGCUGGUUACACACUUUACUUAGCUUCCAGUGUCAAAACCCCUUAGAACUCCAUGAUGAAAAUGCCAGAGCAUUUGGAUGUUCUGAUUACUCACGGACCUCGCCUCAUCGACAGGCCAAAGUUUAUACUUGCACACAAGAAAUGACAGAAAAGGCUUUGUUUUCUGAUCCUUGUGGCCUUUUAUGUAAUAAAUCUUUUUUUUGUUUGUUUGUUUUUAUACAUGAAAGACUUGUGCAGUAAUGAAGGUUGCAUCCUUUCCAAAAAGUUGCUCUGCAAUCAUCCACGUAGCUUCCUCUUCCUUUCCUAGUUUUGGGUCUUAGUACCAAAUGUAUCUAAUAUUUAAUAGUGUACUCAGUAUAAACCUCAAGUCCACCCAUCAAACUCAAGCUCUUUUAAUUCAGAUGGCUGGUAUGCAGGUACAGUACCUGUUAAACGCUGGUUAAAAAGCACAUUUACUUUAACUGCAGUAGAUAAAGGAAACAGUUAGAAGUCAGCACUUUGUAUAAUAUUUUGAAAUAUGAAGCUGCUGUUAUUCAAAAAUGAUGAAGGACAAAGAAAAUUAUUCUUCCUCUCUUAAAACCUCUGAUUCUUAAGAUUUAUGUGAAACUUCUGUCUUUAGGAAGUAUGUUCUUAAUACAGUUUAUAUCAUGGAAGUCAUCUAAAUUACAUUACAUGCCUCCCUUUGUGUGACGGCUUUAACACAGCAGUGUUAACACAGGAACUGAUGAGUUUUAAUUUUUCCUGUUAGUAUUGAACACACUGAAGCAGUGACAGUCACCAUGGCAGAACAGGAAACAAUGCACAAGAUAAAGUCAAGUACAAAUCAAUCAUUUGAAGCCCUCAUUAUAAAAAUUCCUCCAUUUUGAAUGAAGAAAACAUGUCACAUUCAUGUGAAAAAAAUGCUUAACAUACAAAUCAGCACUGCAUUUUCAUCAUGUGGGAUUACUGUGGAUUUGAAACAUGUAACGACGCCUGAUUUCAGUUUCCAGUCAGCUGAAUGUUGCUCAGUUCGGAGGCGUUCACAUCGGCAUGUUAAAACACAGCAGCGUGGCCCCUUACAAGAAGACAUCGGUGCCAUACAGUGUUAAAUGUGUUGACGAGGAGAGUCGCUGCUCCCUCUCCGUUAUUGUGUCGCGCUGAUACUGCCACCAUUAAUGUUCAUGCUGUUUCCUCAGCCUCUGUGUUGUGCAAACUUCUAUAAAAGAUAUUUAUUCUCCAAACAUGUCUGUCCGGACAAAGUACUGUAACAUAGGACUUUUGAGUUUAUGUUCUGGAGCCUAAAAAUCAAGUAUGCUUUACAAGUGUACGCCUGCCACUCCAAUGUUUUUGUCAAAGAAAAUAAAAACUAUAUUUUUGUUUCUCAUUCUAAGCCAAAAGACUCUCGGGAGUUCAGGGUGUUUCAAGUGGAAAAUGCCAAUAAAUAAUAUGGAAAUUUAA